AUGGGGAAGGUGAAGAACCUCGAGGAGAAGAAGAAGGCCGCUAAGGUCUUCUCGAGAGGAGGCGGCGGCGGCACGAAAGGCCCGGCGGUCGUCGACAAGAGGAAUCAGGAGCUGCCGUGUCCGCACUGCGACCGCAUAUUCAAGCAAAAGCAGCGGCUGACGGAGCACAUCAAGAAGCAGCACCCGGAGGAGGAGGCCGCCGCAACUGAGGAGGCUGCCGAGUCCACGUCCGCCGCGCAGACCAAGGAGAAGAAGUACUUCGACGUGGGAUCCAAGGCCGGGUACUACGAUGGAAAGACGCCGCGCAUGAUCCUGCACGAGUGGUGUCUGCAGCAGAAGCGCCCCACGCCGAGGUUCACUGCGCGGAAAACUGACGACGGCGGCGUCACGUGCAAAGCCGUCCUCAAGGACCUGAAAGACACGAACAAGGACAUCGUCUGCUUCGCCCCCAAGGACAAGACCUACGCGUCCGACCAGGAGGCCAUCCAGGACGCCGCGCUCGUCGCGCUCCACGCCGUCCAGGGCGACCGCAACCUCGACCGCGUGCUGCCCCCCGACUUCCUCCCUCUCUGGCAGCGCCUCAGCGCCGACAAGGCCCAGCGCGCGCAGCGCGACGAGCAGCGCCGGCAGCGCGAGGAAGCCCGCGCGGCGCGCAGCGCCAGGGACGCCCGUAUCAAGGCCGAGCAGGCGCGCAACACCCAGAGCGUGCAGCUGUCGUCGAAACAGUUGCGCGCAGUCGAGUCGCUGGUGCGCGAGGACGCGGGCGGGGCAGGGCCGUCGGGGCUCGAGGAGGGCGCGGUUGCGGCGCCCGAGGUCGUCGCGAAGCUGCAGGCGAUGGGGUUUACGUGGACGGACGCGCGGGCGGCCGCGGAGGGGGUGGGCGCGACGCAGGAGGAGGACGUUGCCGCAGCGGUGGGUCGGGCCGCGGACUGGGCGUGCCUGCACGUUCCCGAGGCGCGGCUGCCGAAGGAGCUGCGGCCGGAAGCGGGGGCGCAGAUCACGGUGCUGCGGGCGAAGCGGACGGGCGCGGGGAGCUGCGCUGCGGGGGGUUGGGGGGUCCCGAAAGAGACCCCCGCGGACGUUGCGGCGCUUGCGGACAUGGGAUACUUCGCGCACGAGGCGGAGAGCGCGCUGGCGGAGAUGCCCGGGCUGCGGGACGCCGCGCUGGCGUGGCUGUUCUGCAAGAUGGCCGAGUCGACAGCGGGGGGGGUGUCUUUGGCUGCAACAGGCGACAUGGAGGGUCCGACGGGCGGUGCGGCGUGGCAGGAGGAGCGCGAGGCGAUCGAGGCGAUCUUCCCGGACGCCGCGAGCUUCGUCGACGGCGGCAUGGACCUGACGCUCGGCCCCGACGCAGGCGGGGGGGACGUACCAACCGUCGUCCUGCACUUCCGCGUCCCGCGCGGCUCGCGCUACCCCGCCGAGCUGCCCGCCGUCGGUAUCACGUCCGUUGCCGUUCCGCGGGAGGCGCUGCGGUCCAUCACCAGGGAGCUCGCCGAGACUGCCAUUCGCCUUCUUGGGCAACCUAUGGCUUUUGAAAUCGCGUCGCAUGUGUCGGGCGUGCUGUCCGACGACGCUGCGCUGGCCAAGCACCACGCACACGCGCCGCAGAGCUUCAUCUCCGCGCCGGGAGCCGCGCCGGAGCCGGCACGCGCUGCCACGAAGGCAGGCAGCGAGGCACCGACACCAAGCCAGGCCAGCGAAGCCGGCGACGCUGCGAGCGAGGCGACGCUGGCGAUGGAUGCUGCGCCGCUGGAUAGCAUCGAGGACCAGAUGGCGGACAUGAGCGACGAGGAGGGUGCGGGGAGCGAGCAGCGCAGUGCGCCGCAGCCGCGGCGGAAGGAGCGGCGGCGACCGCAGCGCAGCGCUGCGGAGGCGCAGCGCCAGUCCGCUGCGCUCGCCGCACACGCGAAGCGCAUCGCGACGGACGCGCGGCUUUCGUCGGUUCGGCGCGUGCAGCAGGCGCUCCCGGCAUUCGAGCGACGCGACAGCAUUGUGCGCCUCGUGGAGGACGCGAGGGUGGUGGUACUGAGCGGCGCGACGGGUUGCGGGAAGAGCACACAGGUUCCGCAGGCGCUGCUGGACGCGUGGGUCGCGGCGGGCCGCGGCGGCGAGUGCAACAUCAUCUGUGCGCAGCCGCGCAGGAUCUCCGCAGUGGGGCUGGCGCGGCGCGUGGCGCAGGAGCGCGGCGAGGACGUUGGCGGCACGAUCGGGUACAGCGUGCGGCUGGACAGCAAGCGGUCGGACGCCACGCGGCUGCUGUUCUGCACGACGGGGGUUCUGUUGCGGCAGCUGACGUCAGCGGGGGCGCUGCAGCACGUGACGCACGUCGUCGUCGACGAGGUCCACGAGCGCUCCGCGGACUCAGACCUGCUGCUUCUGCUCCUGCGCGACCUCCUCCCGCAGCUGCCGCACCUGAAGGUCGUCCUGAUGUCAGCAACGGCAGAUGCGAAACUCUUCUCCGCGUAUUUCGACCCCUGCCUCUCCGACAUGCGCGCUCCGAGCAGCGCGAUGGUCGACAUCCCGGGCCUCGCGCACCCCGUCCGCGACCUCUUCUUAGAAGAGGUUCUGGAGAUGACGGGAGUCACGAUCGGUCGAUCGUCCAAGUACGCAAAGAAAGGGGGAGGCGAGCUGCGGCCGCUGCCGUCGCACGUCGUGCCGUCGCGCUGGGCGAGCGGCGCGGCCCCAGGCGCACCAGCUCCGACCGAGCUCUCCGAUGCGACGAAGGCUUCGAUCCACAACAUCGACGAGUCACAAAUCAAUUACGACCUGAUCGCGGAGGCCGUGGCGCACAUCGUGCGCGCGACGUCGAAGCACGGCGAGAGCGCGCUGCUCGCUGGCUGGGACGGCUUGGCGGGCGGGCAGGGCGCGAGGGCCGCGGAGGGCUCCGGGGGCGCGAUUUUGGUGUUUUUGCCCGGGGUGGAGGAGAUCAACAAAACCGCGCGGGCGAUCGCGGCGAACAGGGGCGUGCCGCGGGGCUCGCUGCACGUGCUGCCCCUGCACGGAUCGCUCCCGCCGUCGCAGCAGGGGCGCGUGUUCGACCGCCCCCCCGCAGGGACCAGGAAGGUGGUGUUGGCCACGAACGUUGCGGAGACCUCGAUCACGAUCGACGACUGCUCCUUCGUCAUCGACACCGGGCGCGCCAAGGAAAUGGGCUACGACCACGACCGCUCCAUGUCCCGCCUGGAGCUCACGUGGGUGUCGCGCGCCGCGGCCACGCAGCGCCGCGGGCGUGCUGGCCGCGUCCGCCCCGGCGUCUGCCUGAAGCUCUACUCGCGGACGACCUGGAACGACGUCAUGCAGGAGCACCAGCAGCCCGAGAUGACGCGCACGCCGCUGCCCUCCCUGUGUCUCCGCGUCAAGGCCGCUCUGCCCACCAUGGCGGUUGAGGCCGCCCUCGGCCGCGCGAUGACCCCGCCGCCCGCCGAGGCCGUUCAGAACGCCCUUGCGCUGCUCGAGGCCAUGCGGGCGCUGCGGCGGCAUCGCCAGACCGACGGCGGCGCGGAAGUCCCCCCGGGGGAGUCUCUGCUGCCGCUGGGACUCCACCUCGUGGGGAUGCCGCUGGACCCCCACGUGGGCAAGAUGCUCCUCGUCGCGGCCGUCCUGCAGGCGCUCGACCCUGCCCUCACGAUCGCCGCCGCGCUGUCGUACGGGCGGUCGUUGUUUCUGUCGCCCCCCGACAAGCGUGGCGAAGUGGACGCGGCGAAAGCCGCGCUCGCCGGCGCGCACAAGAGUGACCACCUCGCCGUCGUGGCUGCGUUCGACAAGUGGCAGCGCGCGCGGCACGAGGGCGGCCGGGGCGCCGGCGACGUCGUCGCAGAAGAGUUUUUCCUAUCUCUGCAAGCUCUGGAACAUAUCAGGGCGGCGCGGGCGGACUUGGCGCGCGUCCUGCAGGGCGCGGGGUUCGUGGACGCGCGGUACGUGCGGCGCGUGGCGUCGGGGACGCCGCUGGACGCCGCGGACGAGCAUCCCGCGGACAGGCACGCGCGGAGUGCGCGAGUGGUCAAGGCGGCGCUGUGUGCGGGAUUCUACCCCUCGGUGGUGCGCGUGAAGCACCCGGCAACCAAGUACGAGAAGAUCCGGGAGGGCGUGGUCGUGGAGUCGAAGAAGGGGGACGAUCCGCGCCAGCUCAAGUUCUUCACGAAGGACAAAGGGAGGGUGUUUUUGCACCCAGCAUCUUGCAACUUCAAGCAAGGGAAGUUCGAGAGCGGCUGGCUCGUGUACACAGAGUGCGUUCAAACGAGCAAGGUGUUUAUCCGCGAGAGCUCGAUGGUGCCGGUGUACGCGGUGCUCUUGUUCGGAGGCGAGCUGACGGUGCACCACGACGAGGGUCUGAUCAAGGUGGACGGCUUCGCGGAGUUCAAGGCGCCUGGGAAGGUGGCGGUGCUGGUGCGGGAGCUGCAGGCGCGCGUGUCAACGAUGCUGGCCAACAAGGUCCGCGACCCGUCGACCGACGUGUCGAACUCGCGCGUCGGCCAAGCCAUGCACGAGCUCCUCGCGAACGACGGCCUGUAA